GGCAAAAACAGUCGGUGGUGCAGGUAAUUAAGCCUCCUCCCUCUACACAGCAAACCCGGCAUCAAACCACCCCAACCAGACAGACAGACACUAACCCCCCCCCCCUUACAACAGCCGGCCUUCUUCUGCCCCUCGACCGGCCUCGAGAUGGCCGACGGCGACCCGCUCGGCCUGUGCGCGCACUGCGGCGCCUGCCACGACCUGAUCUGGCAGUCCGUCUUCGUGUGCCCCAACACGGGCUACCGCAUCGAGCAGCCGCUGUCGGGCCGGCCCGACAAGGAGUGCCCGUCCUGCUUCCAGCUGCACCAGCCCUACAGCAAGCGCGUCUUCGUCUGCCCCGUCACGGGCGCCUCCAUCCCCCACCCGCGCGACACCCAGGGCAGGUGUCUGAAGUGCAGUCGCACGCAUGAGGACAACUCGACGCCGGUGGGGAGUCGGGAGGCGGUUAGUACGAGGGGCGGGAGGUGAUUUGAGGUCGGGAAUGUUGGUUUUGGUGUGGUUAUCGCAUCUCGGGG